AUGCCAGGGUUUCAUCAUGAUUUUUUGAACUCCUUGAAGGGUGAGACAGAAAGAGAGUCUGAGGAUGAGAGUGAUCAUCAGGCAAGUACAAGUCAGACUGAGGAAGUGAAUCCAGUUUCAGAGGUGGUCGAGCAAAUAGAUCUGCAGAGAGAAGUAGAAGAAACUGAGACAGAGGCAGGAGGUGAACAAGCAAGCCAUGAGGAAGAAAAGGAUCAAGAAGCUGCCGCUCCUCUUUGUGAUUUAGGUGAUAAAGACACAGGGCCCAGACAGGUGAAGCUGAAUAGCUAUCCAGAAGACAGCUUUGGUACACAGAAAAGUGCAUUUCACCACAGCUGGUUUGCUAAGUACACUUGGUUGAAGUAUUCAGUCAACCUCAACGCUGCUUUCUGCUUCCCAUGUAGAGUGUUUGGCAAAAACAUUAAACAUGAUGCUUUGGUUAGCAGUGGUUGUAGAAAUUGGGAAAAAGCUUUGUCUGUCUUUAGUAAGCAUGACAUGACACAGUCCCAUAAGGACAGUGUUGUUGCAUGGAAGGGCUACCAGGCAACGAGCCAACAGGGAGAUGUUGUUCAGAUGAUGAUGUCUGCAAAUGCACAUGAGAUAGUGGCGAGAAGGGACUAUCUGAAGCGAAUUGUUGCAGUCACCUCUAUGUUAGGGGCCCAGGGACUACCCUUUCGUGGGCAUGAGGAAAGUGCAGAGAGCACAAGCAGAGGCAACUUUCUGGCUUGCAUGGAGCUUUUGAUGACAUUUGAUCCAUUCCUUCAAAAUCACAAUCCUCCAUCAAAUGCCACGUACACCUUACCAGUGUCUCAGAAUGAGAUGGUUGAGUGCUGUGCUCAGGAAGUGACCAGUGUCAUUGUGUUUGAGAUCACACCCUCCAAAAUGUAUUCCAUCAUGGCGGAUGAGGCAAGAGAUGGUCGGUCAGAGCAGCUGGCUGUUUGUGUUAGGUAUGUGUCAGAGGGGGAGGUAAAGGAACGGUUUCUAGCACUUUCAGAACUGAUGUCCUUUGAUGCCCAGUCCAUUGCAGACAAGCUACAGGAGCAGCUCCAGAUCAAUGGCCUUGCUCAUGUCAAGUGUGUGGCACAGACUUAUGAUGGUGCCGCGGUCAUGAGUGGACCCAUAGGAGGCGUGCAGGCACGUUUUAGAAGGCUUCAUCCUGAAGCUAUCUAUAUACACUGCUAUGCGCAUGAGCUCAACCUAGUGUUGUGCCACACUUGCAAGGCUGUUACGGAGGCUGUGGAGCUAUUUGCUUUGUUGGAGAGUGUGUAUUCUUUUUUCACCACCUCUCUAGUGAAUCACCAUUCAAAGUUCAAAGAUGCUCAGUCCAGGCUUGGGUUGGCAGCAGUAGAGCUUGUGCAACUUUCCAACACACGUUGGGCAUGUCGGCUGCAAUCAAUCAAUGCAGUGCUUCAGACCUUACCUGCCAUAUUUGAAUGCCUCUCUGCCACUGGGUCUCCCUUGGCUAUUGGAAUCAAAGCAAAGCUAUCAAUGUUCUCAACCAUCUAUGCUCUCUUGAUGUUUCAGACACUUCUGUCCAUCACUGAAGGACUCCACAAACUCCUUCAGAAGGAGACAUUAGACCUGGCAGAAGCUCUGAUUUGCAAAGAUGCUGUGUGUGAUACUCUCAAAGAGUUGUUUUUCCCCUGUUUGGUUGCUGAGCUUGACGAAAGAUUUGCCAGUGUAGAUACAGAACUCCUAAAAGGCAUACAGGCAUGCAGCCCUAAAUCUGAGACCUUCUUGAAUGAAGUGAACCUGAAAGAACUUGCUGGGCACUAUAUCACUGACCUGAAAACAGGGCAGGUCCUUGUUGCCAGAAACUUCAUUGCUCGCAAAGCAGAUGCUGGGAAUCCAUCCCAAGACAUGCUAGCUGUGUACAACCUUCUAUACACAGACAUGUUUCCCUCUCUGAAAGAGGUCCUCCAAGUUGCUCUGACUGUGCCUAAGGCACUCUUUGAUGCUUCCACCCACAAAGUAGAGAGAAAGUUUGGCCAAAGCCGUUCAACUGGGCAUACUGACCCAUGUCACAACAGUGAUGGCAAUGGUGGUCUGUACCUGACCCUCAUAAUCUCUAAGACAGUUGAUAACUCAUUUUUUCAUUUGAUCAAGAGAUAG